AGGGAGGAUCCGGAUUAUCGAAGGGCCAGGAGCACAAACGGGGGAUAUAUGAUGUCUUGAUCACCAGUGACGAGCUAGGACAAACAGGCCACAACGCAGACAGAGACUACUGCCUUUGAAGUGAGCUGACGCGGCCAGAAGCCGAGAGAAGGAGUAAUAGGGCGAAGGAGAAGGUUCGUCGGGAUAUCUUAUCCAUCGAAUGCAGGACCGGAUGGCUUAGGCAGUGUACGGAGUAGUGCGGCGGAGUAUCAAAAGCCUGCAAUAUGGGAUGCAAGAAGUGGAGAGAGACAAGGGCUGCGAGAAUUUGCAAAAUAGAUAGUAUGAUCAGAUAUAUGGAGAGAAAGGGAGAGAGAGCUGGAAGGGCAGACAAGGACACGGGAAAGCGAGGAGGAGAGGAAAAGCGAGAACGAGAGAGAGGGACAAGGGAACCGCAGGAUCUUGGAGGGGAAGUCUCCAGCACAGGGGAUGGGGGCUGUAACUCUCGGUUUAGCGUUUCCCACCAAAACCCAGCGCAGGGGGGAGGAAGAGCCGGCGCGCGGCUUUGGGGGGAGGCCUUGGCCCGGUGGCUAGGGACCGGUUAAGGUUAUGACGGGGAAAAAUAUGUAAUGAUGAUGCGGUAAGGUAACGGAAUCCACUCCCUGGGCGUAAUUAUCGACGAUCGUGUCCUCCUGGAGAUAUACUCCGCACCAGCGAGCUGUCCACGAACAACCCUCACAACGGGGAAAAACGAUCGUCGUAAUGUAUUUUAUCGUGGUAAAGUCACUAUCUCUAUACCGCCCGGAACACCGUAUGGAUGCUGACCGUGUUUUCAACUGGGAUGUGUGAUCCUUUGGCAGCGUUGGAGAGUUCGCGAUCGAUCCUCUUAUACGUAUUCACCUCCUGUUCGAGGUGGACUUUGCGAU